GUAGGUCUACACUGAACCGAAGGUAGCCUAAUGACGAUUUAUACAGGAUAGAAGGCAUCUGACUAUGCCUUCCUUUUGUGAAGUCAGGGGUAUCACCGUUUUUCUGUCAUAAUUCAAGUCAGUCAAUUUCACAAUAGAAUACUGUUAACCAGCUAGGCUGACACGCAGCCUACUACUCCCGUCAGUGACUGCGGUUGGCAAUUUGAGAAUUGACUUGAAUGCUGAUUUGAGGAGAGAUCGACAAAGACAGGAGAUUAGUGGAUUUUUUAAAGGAAAAAAUGGGACGAUGACGGAUUGUGAGGAGCUGUCCAAUUGUUCAAACGCAUCUGCUUUAUCAGACAGACUAACAAUUCCCUCCGUUCAAAUCCAGGGACACUUCAGCAAGGAAUCGAGGAAAUAUAGAUUCAAACGAAGCAAAACUUCUAAGGGUUUUGAGCCGUCGGUCCUCGCACUGUGUGGUAUCGCUGAGAGGACGCCCCAUAGAGGCAUUUGAAAUGAAUUCAGCACUGGGCCAGGCGGUCAGCAACCCAAAGUCGAGUGAUGUAACCGUUUCAUGCGCCAAAGGCAAAGAGGAAAAAAAGGGAAAAAAUCUAAUCAGAGGCUGGAAAAGGGAGAGGGAUGCUUUCAGGACGAGGAAAGAGAAACAUGAUGGUCAAAGAAGUCCCAUCUUAAAUUCUAUACCUGACCAUUUAUGCACACUCGGAAGCAAAGCGAAUCCGUGUCAUUGUGCAGGGGGCAGAAUGGAAGACAUUACCAAAAACGGUUUGGAUUGUGGAAUAAAGGGCAGCGCUAUUGUUGUGAGGAAGAAUGACGACACUGUCACAACGGCAAAGAAACUGAGAACAGAAAAGGUGGAUUCAAUGUUUACAGUGCCUGCACCCCCGCCACCCGGCCCUCAAAGCCCAAUGUCCAAUGCCCCCUUCUCUUCACCCAUCUCAAAGCAACUUCUGGUGAGGACCAGAUCCAUAGGAACCAACACACAAGAUGGAGGGCCAGACACCGAUUCAUGUCGCCCUGGCCCUUGUCAGCCAGGCACCAGUGUCAACCUGGAGGGCAUUGUGUGGCAUGAGACUGAGGAAGGGGUCCUUGUAGUCAAUGUAACAUGGAGAAAAAGAACCUAUGUGGGGACUCUUUUGGACUGUACCAAGCAUGACUGGGCACCACCCAGAUUUUGUGAGUCACCAUCCAGUGACCCUGAUCUGCCAGGUGGCCGUGGCCGUGGUAAAAGGAUGCGACUGGCCAUCCCGGAUCGACCCUGUGUUGAACCUGGGCUUGCCAAGGUCCGAGGGCUGCCACAUAAGAGCCGUGGUGGGGGCAUUCACAGCAAGGGCCGAAGAGGGAGCCUUAAUCUGAUCAAUAACUGCAGAACACCUCCCUUUUUCACAGUUGAGGAGAUCAAGCCAAACUCCAUCCCAUCUGGGAAGAGGAAAAACAAACCACCGACUGAUCUGGAUUUGAGUUUAGUCACAGAUGACAUGAAAAAUGGAAACGGGAAGAGGAUCCGUGCCAAGUCCCGGAGUGCUCCUUCCACUCCACAGGGAAAGUCGGAUCCUACCUUUAACGAUUCGGCAUGUACCUCUCCCAUUCUGAUAGACUGCCCCCAUCCUCACUGUAACAAGAAAUACAAGCAUAUCAAUGGGCUGCGGUACCACCAGACACAUGCACACUUAGAUGUGGACCGGAAGCCAGAGUUUGAGGCUGAGAUUGAGGACAGACUGUCUGACUGUGAGGAGUCCCUCAGUAACAUGACUUUCGACUGCUCCGAUAUAACCAAUAGCUCAUCAAAGAAGCCCAGCCCCCUAUAUAAGGUUUCUACAAUAGGGUCUCCAAAAAGCAGACGAUUAAUGUUCAAUAGUGAUCAUAGUCCCAUGGCGAAUUCUAAAAUGAGGAGGAAUUCAUUGAUCAAAGAGGGACUCAUUGAUGACUUGAGUAACUUGCCAAUCAUCUCGAACAUGACUGUGGUACUGGAAAAUUGCCUUGUUACUGAUAGGAACUCCUCUGUGGAGAUGCCUAAGCUUGAAGCCGAGGGUUUGAUCGAUAAGAAGGGAGUGUGUGAUAAAGUGAAAAAGGUUAAUGGGAAAGUUGAGAAGUGUUCAUCUAAAUCUAGAACCAACAGGCCUAUAGCUCCUGCUCCCCCAAAGCUGAUUGCAAUCCCCAACACUGUGUUCUCCACUAACACAACAGAAGCCAACCCACAGCAGUCUUCCCCAUCAGUAGCUGUUGGUGUCACCACAACAAAGAACCUCUCACUUAAACCCAUAAAGCCAAAGUUAAACAUCAUGGUAGAGCCAAGUCUGGGUAAAACAACCCUAGUCACUUGCAAGGAGACCAGGAACAAAGACAAACGAAGAUUAAAAGACAAACACAAUAAAGACACAAGGACCUCUAAUGGCGAUAGCAUUCAACUAAAGAUGGACGAGGGAAAGGUGGUGGGAAAAGAACCUUCUGGAAGCCUUCUGAAAGAGCACUUGAGCAAACAAGACGUCAUGAACAGUCUAACGGAGUCUCAGGAGAGUAGAAUGGCCAGCAUCAGAGCUGAGGCUGACAAAGUGUACACGUUCACUGACAACUCUCCUAGUCCUUCCAUAGGUAGCUCUUCAAGACUGGACUGUGGCUCCCUUGAAAGUGGAGAUGGCACCACCACCAAAACUAACAGCCCGGCAUACUCAGACAUAUCAGAUGCAGGUGAUGAUGGGGGUUCAGACUGCCGUUCAGACACUAGGUCCAAAAGUCCAAGGUCCAUCUCAGCCUCUGAGAUGAACUCAAACAACAAUCCCAAUCUAAAUCCAAAGACUCCUCCAGCUGCAUCUAUUCCUGCAGGGCCUGUCAAAGACCCCCAGUCUCCUUUUUACCACGGAUAUGACCCCUACUAUAUUCAGAAUUACAUGCAGACCGGCCAGUCAAACACAGCUGCUUUCCAUAAGACCUCCACCCUUCAAGACAGUAAAUGCAAAAAGGAGGACAAUGAGGGGAGAAACACCCCGGAAUUAUUUGAUUCGAAGAAGACUGAUGUCAUCAACUCAAGUUCGCAGUCCCAGCUUCAGAUGGCGAUGACACAAACACACACGGCUCUUGCCCAGUCCUUGUACUACGGCCAGUAUGCACGAGGUCUUUACAUGGAUCAAAAACUCUUAAUUGCAUCCAAGUGCUGUGAUCAGCAGCAAAUCACCAAGCAGAGAGGAGGUCAAGCAAACCGAGAAACAGAUGAGUUGAAACACAUGAUAACCUCGACAUCUGUAUUAUCUAAGGGGACAGACUCUGUGAAAACGUGCUGUGCCAAACCUGGGCUCUCGUUUGCAGAAAUGGAUGAGCGGCCCCAGACUCUGACCACACAGCCACAAGGGAAGCCGAUGCUUGUCAAUAUGACAGAAAACCAGGGACUUGUCAAAGACAGUGAUGAAAUGAAAUCAUCCAUGAAUCCAAAUAAUCAGACAGAUCUGGACUCAAAUGUAUCAUUUUCAAAUCAUGCAGAAGUCCAAUGCUGGUCCCGCCCAAAUCAAUCCAAUAAUGUGGAGCAGCAAAGUGAAGAGCUUAGCCAGAGCUCAGAGGAGUUAAAUGCUGACAUGUCUAAGGAGUGGGAGAUGCCCUCUGAGCCAGUGACAAAGUUGGGAGUAGAGCUCAAAAAGGCCACGAACCAGAACGUCACUACAUCAGACAUAGAGGACUGUGAUAGGCUAGAGGAGCAGCAGCCAAUAGGGGUAAUGUCUGAGGAAUCACAGAGUGCCAGGGUGGCUGUAUCACCAGCGAUGAACCCCCAACAACAACCCUAUAUCCAGUACCAGCAUUCCUACCAAUACCUACAGAUGUGUGACCCCAGCAACAACUCUUACACGGUCAAGUCACCCACCCUGGUGCAUAACUACCCACGUUUCCACUAUCCUCUCUAUGGGAAAACAGCAGGCAGAGAGGAGUCAGAUUUGACUCAGAACAGCCGUAGUGUGAGCAGUAAGCCAGCCAGUGAGUCUACUGCCCUUGAGCUUCUGCAACACCACAAUCUGCCAUACCAUGGCAAAUCCCCUGCGCCUGGUGAGAAAGGAUCCCUUGAAGGAGAGAGAGAGACUGACCGGGAGAGGAACCAUGUUCCCUUUGCCAGGCACCUUCACACUCAUCAUCAUACACAUCUUGGAAUGAGCUACCCACUCAUGUCUGGGCAGUACGACAUUUUCCAAGGGAUAAGCUCUAGAGCCCUGGUUUCCAGCCAGAAGGUGUUGGUACACUCAUCUUCAACUGAUAAUGAAGGGAAGAAGUAAAACCAUGUGACUGGCUCACAUGAGGAUAAGAAGAUUUACAGGCAUCAAUUCCAUGGUGUUAUAUUCAUAGCCUCUAUGGGAGGCAGAGACCAAUUUCAUUUGCGAUUUAAUCAAUAUUUUAUAAGAGUCAGAGUAGUGGUAUUGUAAUAUUGGUGGAGAUAUGUAUCAAGUAACAAGACUUAAGUAUUUUGCAUUUGGAUGCCUGUCUGAAAACACACGUGACAAACCCCAUAGUGUCAUAGAAUCAGCCAUAAAUUGCCAUGCUACAAAGUUUAUAUGCACAUGUAUCGUAAUGUAAAUCAUAUGGUUGAAUGUACUGAAAUUUGUAUUAUCCCAAUGUUUUUUUCCGUUGGGAAACUGCAAUUGAAGUGCAAGAGUCUAUAAAGUGGUCCUCCCAGUAUUACUUAAUUACAUUUGUAUACUGUACUUGACUGUAGCCACUUGUUGAUUGUAUUGUCUUGUGUGAGAGUAAAUCUUCACAUUUUACCAGUGCCAUAGAACUGUGGUGUAUAUAUUCUGUAUAGUUACAUGACAUAGUAUUAAAUGCUUAUUAUUUAUGUUUGUUUUCAUUUCAAUGCAUUGUAUUGUGAUUUACAUUACAGCACAUUACUUGCAUAGUCACAGUGGUUGUUUUAUUACUUGAAUAGUGCUACAAACUCUGUUUACAAGUAUGGACAUCUCUAGAGAAACUCUUCAAUGAAGUUGCAUGAUCAGUGUAAUUCACACAGUGUAUCAAGUUACUUUGGAAUCAAUUAAACAUGGAAACUGCUGUUGCUUUUUUAUACUGUUUAUGCCUUAAUUCAUAUGUGUGGCAAUCAGAAUUAAAGGGUGUUUAUAUACAC